AUGUCUACUGUUCUUCGUGUUCUUGGAGCACGCCGCAUAGAUGAAUAUACGCCACAUCCACUCACACACAAUAUAGCAAGACAUGGUCGACAAUCUGCGAGUCAGUUGCCUCCUCACUGUCCUUCGCAUCCUUUCUUAGAGUUCCCCGAUGAUCUUCCUGAUCGGAGUUCUUUUGUUUCAUGCCCGCCUGCUCUUCUAUCUAAGAAGACCAGUAAUCCUCAGGCUCUUUCCUGGAUAGUGGCAGACAAUUCUGGGUUGACGGAUCAACUGGGGCCAUUUCUUACCCAUGUAUUAUGGGAUAAUAGCGGUCUUGAGGUUUUUUUUUUCUGCCAUGGAUUGCAAUUGGUUGUUGGGGUUAGGGAGGUGGUCUACACAGAGCUCUUAUGGGAGUUCUUUUUGACAGUCCGCUUUAAUAAAGCAUCAAUGAGAUGGGAUGAUAAAUAUGUAUUUACUUUUUUCCUGGGAGGCGUAUCCUGCUCCUAUAGCCUGAUCGAGAUGGGGAGGCAUCUAGGAAUUUAUACAGCUGAAGAGACUCUAAGUCCUUCUUUUUAUGGCUAUCUUGACAGUUGUUUUACUGAUCCACCAUAA